AUAAAUAUUUCUGUUGUUCAGAUUUGUUUAAAAUGUGAUGAUUACUUCUGUUUUAUAACUUUAUGACAUCAUAAUGCACGGAAAGAAAGAUUACGUUUCGCUACAACUGGAUAACGAGAGCACCUCAUCUACAUUUUCCCCAAUAUCGUCAAUUAGAAGGAGAUGGAAAAGGAGUACAAGCUACCAGAAGAAAUUGUUAUUUCUAUUUUUAUUGCUCGCGAUGGCAGUUUUUCUUAUCCAACACUCGAGGGGGGGAGAGAGCAAGGAGCAACACGUCGCUGCAAAAGUAGUCAAGCGUAAACCUGUCAAGUUUGAAAAAGUUGAACAACCAGUUUAUGAUGAAGCUGAUGCAGCGGUUGCCCAUCAUGCAUUGGAUAGACUGGAUGACGAGAAAAAGAACGUUUUAUCAGAACUAGAGGAUAGGAUCAAAGAAGACAUCAAUAUAUUGCAACGACCAGGAAAACGAAAAAAUCCGAAAUUGAUCGCAAGAUUUGGAAAGAAAGAAGAGAAGAUGCAAAUAGAAGCAGUGAACCUGGGAGAUGGGGGUGGGGGGGAUAAUGGGGAUGUAGCUGUCAAUCAACCAGCACCUGUGGUGAAACCUGAACCUAAACCAAAGAUACCAGCACCAGGUAAAUAUGGGGGCUUCGUGUAUAAGCACCAGGUAUAUAUGGUGGCUUCGUGUAUAAGCACCAGCUGA